AUGCGUUUCGGCAAGACGCUCAAGCAGUCUAUUUACGAGCCAUGGCGGGACAAGUACAUCGACUAUAACAAGCUCAAGAGCAUCCUCCGAGAGGAUAAGCCCGACGAUGAUGACGAGCCAUGGACCGAGGAGGACGAGAACCGCUUCUGCGACGAGAUUUUCAACACCCAGCUCGAAAAAGUGGCCCAGUUCCAGGAGGAGAAGAUGCAGGAGCUGCGUCAACGAGUAGAUACCGCCUUCGACAAGCUCAGAGAGCUGCCGCCGGCCGAUGCGGAAAACAAGGACAAGCCGACCGACGAAGCCCUUGCUCAACGACUCAAGGACCUCGAGGCCGAGCUGGAUGGCAUCACGAACGAGGUCAAGGAACUCCAGAAGUACAGCAACCUAAACUACACGGGCUUCCUCAAGAUCGUCAAGAAACAUGAUCGCAAGCGUGGUGAUCGGUACAAGAUCCGUCCCAUCAUGCAGGUCAGCCUGUCUAAGCGGCCCUUCAACUCGGAGCAAGGGUACUCGCCUCUGCUCAACAAGCUGUCACUCAUGUACUUCGCCAUCCGCCAACACCUCGAAGAGAAUGCUCCCGCCGAGCCGUAUCUGGAUCCCGAAAGUCAACCCGAGACACACAAUGGCGAGAAGUACACGGCCUACAAGUUCUGGGUGCACCCGGACAACCUGCUCGAGGUUAAGACGUAUAUACUCCGCCGGCUCCCUACUCUUGUCUACAGCCAACAGUCGGCCAAGGAGUGGGAUGAAGAUGAGGACCCGACUAUCACAUCUCUGUACUUUGACAGCCCCCACUUCCAAAUGUACAACCAAAAGGUGGAUCGUGAAACCGAGGCGUCAUCGCUCCGCUUACGUUGGUAUGGUCAACUGAGCCAAAAGCCCGAUAUUGUGCUGGAGCAAAAGAUCAUUCACGACAACGGCACCAGCGAGGAACGCAAGUUUCCCAUAAAGGAGAAGUUCAUAAAGUCGUACUUGGAUGGCGAGUACAAGAUGGAGAAGUCGAUCCAGAAGAUGGAACGGCAGGGCCAGAGUACCGCAGACAUUGAGGAGUUCCGUUCCACUGCCGAUGCUAUUCAGGACUACAUUCGCAGCAACAAGCUCCAGCCCGUCAUCCGCGCGAACUACGUCCGAACUGCCUUUCAGAAGCCCGGAGAUGAUCGCAUUCGUGUGUCGAUCGAUACCGACCUCGCCUUCAUCCGCGAGGACACGCUUGACCGCGAUAGGCCGUGCCGUGACCCGCAGAACUGGCACCGCACGGAUAUUGACAACAGCAACAUGACCUACCCUUUCAAGAACAUUAACCAGAGCGAGGUGUCUCGAUUCCCCUAUGCAGUGUUGGAAAUCAAGCUGAAGGAGGACAACAACCGCAAGCGACCAGUCUGGGUCACGGACCUGAUGGCCUCGCACUUGGUUCACCCUUGCCCUCGCUUUUCCAAGUUCAUGCACGGCGUCGCCUCUCUCUUCGAGGACUACGUCAACAGGCUCCCCUUCUGGCUCCCCGAUCUUGACACCGACAUCCGCAAGGAUCCUCAGGUGGCAUUUGAGGAGGAGGAAGCGAAGCGUGCCCACCGUGCGCAGAAUGAGCAAGUAGUUGGCAGCUUCCUCGGCACCAAACUAGGCAACUCGUUCAAGCCCUCCAGGAGUUCUCCCGUGGCCAAGUCCUACCUCGCCGAGCGUGUCGCGGCCGAAAGCAGCGGCCCCAAAGCGCAAACUCCCGCCUCUGGGAUAACAGACAGGACCCAUACCGACAUUACUCCUGCCGGCGACGGGCUCAACGGAAGCAGCAGUAGCCAGCAACAGAAUGGCCAACAGCAAGGCCACAGUGACUACGGCACCAUGACCCUCUCCUCCGUCUUCCCUGGCUUCUCCCUCUCCAAGUACUCCAAAGCCAUGCGUCUCAAGCGGGCCCAGCGUGAAGGCGGUGGACGCCGUGGCUCCGUGACCCUCCCACCUGGAGUCGAGGAGCCGACCGAGUGGAUCAAGAACUCGGGUCCCUUGCAGAUCGAGCCCAAGGUUUGGCUGGCCAACGAGCGCACGUUCCUUAGGUGGCAGCAUAUUUGUGUGCUGUUGGGAGGCUUGGCUAUCAGCUUGUAUACGGCUGCGGGCAGGGACACGGUGGCAGAGUGGAUCGCUAUCGGCUUUAUCUUGACAGCUGCGUUUGCCGGUGGUUGGGGAUACUUCUUGCUGCACUCGAGGAGACAAAUGAUUAUUGCGAGGAGCGGCAAGGACUUUGAUAACUUCCUUGGGCCGUUGGUGGUUAGUGUUGCGUUGAUGGUGGCGCUGAUUUUGAACUUUAGCUUUGCAUAUCGCGACUUCUUGGCCAGAACUGAAAGGUCUGAGGCUCUGUUCAUCCAAAGCAGCAGUUCCUCUGCGAGUCACGUUGACCUGAGAUAG